GGUUUCAUACCUAGAAAUAGAUCUGACGACAUCCAACCCUUCACAUUCGUAUCUCCGAUCAAUCAGCGACUGGCGACAAACCUGUGUACCUGUGCAUAUACCUGUAAUCAAGCAGACAUUACUGCCACAUUGUGCACUGACAGCCUCGCACUCAACACCAUGGAGAACCAUAACUCCUACCAAUCAUAUCUUGAAUUCGUGACUACUGAAGCCGAUCCUCCAUCACUGAAGCUGACCAUAAAAUGGCAUGACAUGUCCAAGGUACUUGUGACAGUCAGUGACCAGCUUGGCCAAUUGAAAAGACUUACGCUGUUUGAAAGGAGCAAAGUCAAUCGUUUACGUUGUUCAGGAUUUUCAAACUCUGAGCAGUAUACUAUCGAGGUUUUUGGCCUGAGACAGUCCACCCCAACAAAUCAAGUCAGACCCUCGCCUGCUACAGUCUACUCUGUGGAGGCAGGAAAGAAAGUUGUCAUUUCUCGAGUUUCUGGACUUCAAGAGAGGGUAGAAGUCGUAGACCUGGGUGUUUCCCAAUAUCAUUUCUUUAGUGACAGAAUGAUCGACAUGCUCAAGACACAGGACCUCCUUCUGAUGGAGGUGAAAGAGAGGUCUCAGUUGGACAACAACUAUCAAAAACUUCCAGGACCUUCUGACAGUGAGGCAGGCCACAGACCUCCAGUAGACUACAUCCUUCAACCAGCAACAUAUUCCAGCUGUACAGCAAGUCUGUGUGUUGUGUUCUGUGAGGGAAGUCAGAAGGAGUAUGUUGUGAUGUCUUCCACCCCGGUAAGCACUGGCAUACAACUCCUGCCAGUCUGUCGGUCCAGGACCAAAUACAGGGUCAGGGCUGUCGGACUCAAAGAUUACCAAGUGUAUCGUUUUGACCAGCCAUCCCCUGUCUGCUACCUGUACGAAUGUCAUGAAUCAACAAAAGCCUUCUCCAUCAAGACUUGCAUGUCCAAAGAGGAAUUACAACAGCUGAAAACCAUGGCAGUCACUUACUGUCGGAGCAAGUCUCGGUACCCUGGGAAAUACACCAUCAAACAGUUCUACCGCAAUAAGCCUGUGCACUACUACACACACAUCAUGUCCAACAGAGGUGGAGUGAUGGAGAAGUACAUCAAGGACAACAAUGGCGACCCAUAUUCUGCGAUCAACAAGAAGAUUAACGGACUCUUCUUCAGUGGGUCACUGGAUGCCCGCACACGGAAGCCACCAGACUUCUCGUUCUUUGGAGACAAACGACUUUUCAUCCCUGCAGAGGAACUGUUUACAUGGGACACCAGGAUGUAUUUUGCAGACUUCUACUGUCACAAUGUCGUCCACUACGUCACAGUUGUGGUCACAAAGAAGGAAUCAGCUGAAGACAGAUUCUGUGAGGGAAGACUUAUUGAACUGGACUUAAAGGAUAAUCCUUUUUUCACCAUCAAAGAAGAGCCCUCAUACAUAGCUCUGGAUGGAACAUCCUACCAGGAUUUGGGAGACACAUCAUACCUAUACAGAAAGCCUUUCUCAAUGCAUGACAGACUUGCACAACAAACAGGGCUCAUGAGUACUGAACACUUUGUUUCUGCCAUGUAUCAACCCCCAUCCAGGCAAGUUAGGCAACUGGCUUCAUCUCUGGGUGAGUGUACUGCCAGUUACUCCAGAUCUGGAGGAAGGGUGGCUAAGAAGACAUUCACAAUGGUGUCGGUUGACGAGUUCCAUGUGGAGUUUUUGUACACAGAGGAUGUCGACAUCAGAGGGUUACAGAGCAGAUGCGGGGAGGGCAAGGUGUAUUUUGAGUAUGUUUGUACUCGAGGAAGAGGUCAGAGCCGGACAGAAGGAAUUCCAAAGAAGGCAUCAUGCAGAACAUGUAACCUUGAACGACAUCCCACCUUUUUCUAAAUGUGAACAUGAAAAGAUAUGUCAUAUUAUCAUCAAUACUGACUUAUACUCAAUGUGAUAUCAAUACAGACUGUGGCUUAAUUAGGAGAUAAACCUACUUUUGUUUUGAAAUUUGAUGUAGUCCCACUGUAGAUUAGAUACCUCUUAUUUUAAUUUGGAACUGCGAGCACUUUAGCAGGAUGUUUCAAAUGUAUCUACUCUACAGUGGAACUACAUCAAGUCUGUACUCUACAGAGGUUCAUCGCAACCUGUUGUGCACUGUUUGGACUCACCAAGUCAUUUCUUGGAAAUCAGUGAGAGAAGUCUGUUCUUGGAAAUCGAAUAUGCCAUUUGCAUUGUAGGGGUGACAGGUUGUAGAAAUAUUUUUUAAAAUGCUAAACGAAUAUAUUUUUCCAACAAACUUUAUGAAUUACCAUUCUACUAUUUAUUUUACAUGUGUCAGUCUUAUUAGUUGGGCCGGA